GGCGGAAGCGGCGAGUGAGCUCGAGCGGGAGCUGCGGCGAAGCCAUCGUCCGCGCCCGCGGAGCGGCGUCGGCGGGGUUGGCCGGGGCGGUAGAGCCUGGGCGGGCGGGCUGAAGCCCGGGGGUCGAGGCCGGGGACCGGGAGACGGGCGGGCUCACCCCCGCGCGGUCGUCGGAGCGGGCUGAACUCCCGCCCCCCGCGCCGUCCCGGGGAGGAUGCGGCCGGGUGCCCCGGGGCGGGACGGGCGGCGGCGGCGGCUGCCGCGCUAGCGGCGCAGGGGGUGGGCGGCGGCGGCAUGAGGCGCGGGGCCGGCGCCCGCGGGAGGGAGGCGCUGCCGGCGGCCCUGCCGCUCCCGCCUGAGCUCCUCGCCUUGCCCUGCCCGCGGGGCCCCGGCCGCUCUCGCGCCGGCCGCCGCCGGUGACCGCUCGCCGCGCCGCGGAGGCUUCACCCGCGCCCUCCCCCAGGACGCUCGGCGGAGCUCCGGCCUCUUCGCCGCGCUCGCGGAGGCCGCGCUGCGCGCCGGGCGACGGCGAGGCCGGAAGAUGGCCUGGGUGCUCAAGAUGGACGAGGUGAUCGAGUCCGGGCUGGUGCACGACUUCGACGCCAGCCUGACGGGCAUCGGGCAGGAGCUGGGCGCCGGCGCCUACAGCAUGAGUGAUGUCUUGGCAUUGCCCAUUUUCAAGCAGGAAGAUUCUAGCCUUCCAUUGGAUGAUGAAACUAAAAACCCGCCCUUUCAGUAUGUGAUGUGUGCCGCAACAUCUCCAGCAGUAAAACUGCAUGAUGAAACGCUCACUUACCUGAACCAAGGUCAGUCUUAUGAAAUUCGGAUGCUGGAUAAUCGGAAAAUGGGAGAUAUGCCUGAGAUCACUGGAAAAUUGGUAAAGAGCAUCAUAAGAGUCGUAUUCCAUGAUAGACGGCUACAGUAUACAGAGCAUCAGCAACUUGAAGGUUGGAAGUGGAAUCGCCCAGGAGAUAGACUUCUUGAUUUAGAUAUUCCAAUGUCUGUGGGAAUAAUUGACACAAGGACAAAUCCCAGCCAGUUAAAUGCGGUUGAAUUUCUGUGGGACCCUGCAAAACGCACAUCUGCUUUCAUUCAGGUGCACUGCAUCAGCACAGAAUUUACUCCACGGAAGCAUGGAGGCGAAAAGGGAGUGCCUUUCAGGAUCCAGGUUGACACCUUUAAGCAGAAUGAAAAUGGAGAAUAUACAGAUCAUCUGCACUCAGCUAGCUGCCAAAUCAAAGUUUUUAAGCCUAAAGGUGCAGACCGGAAGCAAAAAACUGACCGAGAGAAGAUGGAGAAGAGAACUGCUCACGAAAAAGAAAAGUAUCAGCCAUCCUAUGAUACCACAAUCCUCACAGAGAUGAGGCUUGAGCCUAUAAUUGAAGAUGCAGUUGAACAUGAGCAGAAAAAGUCCAGCAAGCGGACUUUGCCAGCAGACUACGGUGAUUCUCUGGCAAAGCGAGGCAGUUGUUCUCCGUGGCCGGACACCCCCACAGCCUAUGUGAAUAACAGUCCCUCCACAGCGCCCCCUUUCACCUCCCCACAGCAGAGCACCUGCAGCGUCCCAGACAGCAAUUCUUCUUCCCCAAAUCAUCAGGGAGAUGGAGUUUUGCAAACCUCUAGUGAACAACUUCAGCCUUCAGCCACCACCCAGGAAACACAGCAGUGGCUGCUCAAAAACAGAUUUUCUUCCUACACAAGACUGUUUUCCAAUUUUUCAGGUGCCGACUUAUUAAAACUGACAAAGGAAGAUUUAGUACAAAUUUGUGGUGCAGCCGAUGGAAUUCGGCUGUAUAAUUCACUGAAGUCAAGGUCGGUUAGGCCCCGCUUAACCAUCUAUGUCUGUCAGGAGCAGCCGGGCAGCUCACUGCUGCAAGGGCAGCAGCAGGCUGCAGGCAGCGGAGCCGAGAAUGGCAGUGGGACACCCUACGUUUAUCAUGCAAUCUACUUGGAAGAAAUGGUUGCCUCAGAAGUUGCUCGAAAACUUGCGUUGGUGUUUAAUAUUCCUUUCCACCAGAUUAACCAGGUUUACAGACAGGGUCCCACUGGUAUUCACAUUCUUGUUAGUGAUCAGAUGGUUCAGAACUUUCAAGAUGAGAGUUGUUUUUUAUUCUCCACAGUAAAAGUUGAAAAUAGUGGUGGUAUCCACAUAAUUUUGAAGUGAUUUCUUAUAUAGUCUGAACUAUAUUCAUUACCAAAUAAAGUCACGCUUAAAAGUGUGUGAAGACUGAAUCCAAGAAGUCUUGGGAUUGGAUUUUACUGUAUGAAUGUUUCAUAUUGAAAACACAAGAUGACCUUUCUAAUGAGCUGUGUGAGAGGCGACUCUCCUCACUGUCACUGCCAUAGCCAAGCAUCCUCGUGAGAGUGAGCACGUCGGGACAGCACGCUGCUCUGGGGCCGCGGGGCAGGCUGGGCUGCCUGCCUCUCUAGCAGAGGCCAGUAGAGAAGAGUUCCUCAAAGCAGCCCUGGCUGUCUUUUUACACUGUAUGUGGUUUGGAGAUGAAUGUAAAAACCUACUGUGGGCAUUUACCUUUCUGUGCCAGUUUGGCCUGAACCUCCUGCUGACCUGGACUGGGACAGUGCUGUUGUGGAGCCAGCAGGGAGCCUGUCUGCAGAGAUGCGAUGUGCUGAUACAGUGACUGGUGGUCAGGUAAGAGGCUUGGCACUUCUCGGAAGAAGCGUGUCUAAGGGUGUGCGUCUCACGUGAUCAUGCCAGAUUGGGACGAGCCAAGCAGGAAGACGGGCUGGAAGCGAGCUGCAUUAUCAAGAGUACCUUGGUGAGAGGAUCAGUGUAAAUCCUAAUAGGUACAAAGACUUUGUGUUUUUGCUUUGUCACAGAUUUAUUGACAAACUUUUGCUUCUGCUUCCAUUUUUAGCAUUUUAUUUCUGGUUUUCAUUUUCAAGCCCCAUUGCCUUUUAAAAAUUAAGUGGUUUUCUUUCUUUUUCCUCCAUCCCUCUGUCUUCGACUGCCCUUCCCAACUCAUCCCCACACGAUCCUCUUAAACAUUUUUAAAGCCCGACCCCAGACAUUGGAAAUAGGUAAGCAGGAGAAAAAGUAUAGGUUCUGACAUGGUGUCAAGGAGUCUUUAUCAACAAGCUGAAAUUAUUCUUGGAACACUAGACAUCAUAAAUCAAACACUAAAUUGUAUCAUGUAAACUCCUUACACUUCUCAAAUAUUGAGCUUUGGUACAAUCAUGAGUAAACAUUCUGGUGAUUAUUUAGAGGCCUUUUUAUACACCACAUAUAGUUUUUCUAUAAAAAAUUUGUCUUUUUUCACAAAACCAACUUCUUGUCAGCCAGUGUACUUAUCAAAGAGAACCCACUGUUUUUGCAAUUUUUCCUACUCUUUAAAGCUUUUCCCAAAAUUCCUCAGCAAGAAUUGUUGAGGCCUGUGGUGUAGCACACCCAACUUGUUUUUAAAAUUCAAUUCCAUUUUAAUUAUAGCAACUCUGUCCAUUUACCCAGGUGUCUUGAAUGUAUUUGCUCCUUUUCUUUGGGCAGAAAUAGGAAUGAGUCAUUUUGAAUUUAAAAUCUUUCCCAGAAGAUGAACUACUUAAGGGAGUGGGGGGUGUCUGAUACAAAGAAGCACUGUGUCUGUUUCCAUCUUUGGUUUUAAAAUAUCUGUAACUCUUAUAGGCCAUAAAGCAGGAGAGCCUUCCUUUCUGUCAUGUUCCCUUUGCUUAUGUAUGAGCACAUGUUUUCUGUACCAAUCACUUGGGAAAGAAGAGAGUUUCUAUUGUUUUAGUUUUGCUUGUCGAUUUAGCAUUCCUUUUUGAGUCUCAAGAUUUAUGGAACAAUAAAUGUCAUUCAAUGCUGUGUGCUAUUCUGAAUUCCUCAUAGGGUUUUAGAAGUGGGGUAAAAAAGUUAAAAGCUCAUCAAACUUGAAAUCACACACCAAGUGGUAUUGAGCAUUAGUCUGUCCCAGUGAAACAAGUUAAAUUAUGGCACCAGCAGAUUUGCUACUUUGUUUUUUUUUUAAUAGUAGGAUGUAUACAUUUCUGUAUAAUAAAUGUUUUCUGAUUGUUUUGCAA